AGUUGGUGUGUCGCUCGCGGCGCGGCGGUUACGAGGGGGGAGGCGGCGCCAGCAGCAGCAGCAGCACCACCACCACAGCGGGAGGGCGAGGAAAGCACAGACCGCUCGGCUCAGGCACCAUGGCGGGCGCACUGGCUCGUAGGGCCGCCGACUAUGUCAGGAGCAAGGAUUUUCGGGAUUACCUCAUGAGUACGCACUUUUGGGGUCCAAUAGCUAACUGGGGCCUCCCUAUUGCAGCUAUGAAUGAUAUGCAGAAAUCUCCAGAGAUCAUUAGUGGCAGAAUGACUUUUGCGCUGUGCUGUUACUCUCUACUUUUCAUGAGAUUUGCAUACAAAGUACAGCCGAGAAAUUGGCUUUUGUUUGCCUGCCAUUGCACUAAUGAAACGGUACAGCUCAUCCAAGCAUCUCGUCUGGUCAAGUACAAGCUCGAGAAGCAGCAGCCUGCCUGAUAGGACACCAUGCAGCACUUUACCUUCAAUGCCACCAAUGCACCAUGGUCUUUCUACGGUUUAUACGCACAAGAUUCUACUUAAUCCGGCCUAAUUUUUGGAUGAAUUUUUAAAAGUAUUUAAUGCCAUCUAUGUUUUGUAAUGUACUUAAUUUUGUUUGUUUUUUAAAUCCCUUAAAAUUGCCUUAUUCAACUUAUUAAAUAUGGGUUUGCUAACAUCAGUCAUGUACAGAUUUUUUUUAGGUUGAACUUUUGGACUAAAAAGGGAUACUGACUUGCACUAUGAAGCUGUUGAGAAAAGCAGUAAGUAGGUAAAAUUGCAAGGAAUACUGUAUGAUCAUGGAUAUUGACUUGUGUGUCAUGUCUUUAUUGUGUUGAUAGAUUAUUAGUUUUGGCAAUUUUCAAAGUACUUUUAAUGAAAUGUAUCACAUGCAAAUACUGUUAAUUAAACUGCAUUAGACCAGUGGCCCAUUAACUG